UGCCCGGCGCUGGCCAUGGGGCGAGGGGCGGCAGCUGGGGCCCUGCUGCUGGCACUGGGGGCGCUGGGAGCUCCCCUGGCUGCGGGCGCGGAGCUCUCAGGAGUGUUCCAGGAGAUGGUUAAGUCCGAGUGUCACUUCAUUAACGGCUCCAAACGGGUGAGGUUCGUGAAGAGGUUCAUCUACAACCGGGAGCAGUACGUGCACUUCGACAGCGAUGUGGAGCACUUUGUGGGGGACACCCCAUAUGGGGAGGAGGUCGCCAGGUACUGGAACAGCGACCCGGAAUGGAUGGAGCACAGACGGGCUGCGGUGGACAGGCACUGCCGGCACAACUACGAGUUGUCCACCCCGUUCCUCGUGGAGCGCCGAGUGCCCCCCAGCGUGUCCAUCUCGCUGGUGCCCUCGAGCUCCCAGCCCGGCCCCGGCCACCUGCUCUGCUCCGUGAUGGAUUUCUACCCUGCUGAGAUCCAGGUGAGGUGGUUCCAGGGCCAGCAGGAGCUCUCUGUGUUGGCCACCGACAUUUUCCCCAAUGGGGACUGGACCCACCAGCUCCUGGUGCUGUUGGAAACACCUCCCCGGCACGGGCUCACCUACACCUGCCAGGUGGAGCACGUCAGCCUGGAGCACCCCCUGAGCCGGCACUGGGAGAUGCCGCCAGAUGCUGCCCACAGCAAGAUGCUGAUGGGGAUCGGGGGCUUCGUGUUGGGCUUUGUCUUUCUGGCGCUGGGGCUCGGCUUCUACCUGUGCAAGAAGAGCUCCUGAGCUGCUGGUGGCCGCAGCCCCUCCCUGUGGCCUCGGGCCCUGCCGGGACCCCCUGCUCUGUCCCCGUGCCGAUUUUGGGGGGGUCGGGUGUCCCCAUAGCCCUGCUGUCACUCUGCC